AUGUCUCUUAUAGAAGGUCUUCUCCAGACAUCAAGCACGGUGACAUUGCUGGGGGCUGUGCUGUUUCUCCUUGUCCUCUACCUCCGUUCUUCUGGUUCCAGCUCUGAGGAACAGGGGAAAGAGCCUCCAGGACCCAGGCCGCUGCCCCUGCUUGGCAACAUGCUCCAGCUGGAUCUCAAGAGGCCCUACCUCACUCUCUGCGAGGUAAGAUGAAGUGCUGCUUUGCUUUCAGAGAAAAUCAUGUUGAGGUUGUUGACAUAAUCUGUAAGAUUGUUUUAUCUGAUUUAUAUCGUUUUCUUGCUAUUUCACCAGGUUUGAAAAGUUCAGUAAGCAAACUGAUAUAAUGAACUCAGUCCGGCACAUUGUACAUGCUUUUAGCUGGCAAAUGUUUGGUAUUUGGGAUUUUAUUAGGAUCCCCAUUAGCUGUUGCAAAAGCCGCAAUACAGAACAGUAAUAGAUAAGAACAGAUCAAGGACAGAACUACAUACAUUUGUUUAAUGUUCUAUUUUGUAGUGUAUACUGUAUGUCCUGGGUUCUUGUUAACAAAACAAUCCUGGGUUUAAAUACAUAGAGUAUUUUAAGUAUUUGUUUUUGACUCUUUUCUGUGUUUUUUGUGUGAGUGUUUUCUAAUACACAGCUGAAAACAACUACUUCAAAUAGAAACAUAAAUAAAUAAAUAAAAUAAAGUAGUUGUACAUACAUCCCAAUACUUUCCAAAUGUAUUUCCAAUAAGAAACUUUGUCUAAAUACUUAUUUUGAAAUGUUUAUGUAAGUGAAUAGUAUUUGAACACAGGUCUGCCCUCAACUGUAACUGUAAACCACUGUCUUCAGGCUGUUUCUUGACUGAAACAUGUUUAACAAGCUGUAUGUGAUGUCCAGUUUUGUGCUUAUUCAUAUAUCAUUACGAGACAUAACUGAGUCUAUGGUAUACUUUAUGUAUGCUUUAUCUGUCCAGCUUUCCAAGAAAUAUGGCUCCAUCUUCACGGUUCACUUUGGACCCAAGAAAGUGGUUGUUCUGGCUGGAUACAAGACGGUCAAGCAGGCACUGGUCAACCAGGCAGAGGACUUUGGGGACAGGGACAUCACUCCUGUUUUCUAUGAUUUCAACCAAGGACAUGGUAAUGAUAUUUUACUCUUAUUCUUAAAGGGAUAGUUCACUCAAAUUACAACAUGUCUAAUUGGUUUCCUUACCAUGUAAGCAGUCUAUGAACAAUCUAAGACAACAAUCCAUGCUUUGGUUUUGUUUACCUGGCCACUGUCUCCAAAUACUAACUUGUCCAAAAUCCAAUACAAAUCAAUGUCAUCCAUAUUAUCAUGUUUUGCCUUUCAUGUCCAAAUCAUCUUAAAGUAAUUGUCCAGUGUUUCCAGAUUUCUAUGAAAUAUGACCUAUAAUUAAUUACAAUAUGAGUGAAAUAGUUUUACUUCCCAAAAAAUGGUAAAUCAUGUUAAAAAGCAGAUUUUCUGUGUUGGAAUGCCCCAACAAGAGAAUGGUGUGAGCAUGUACCGGUCAUAAAAAAUAUUCAUGUGAGUAGACCACUGAUUGGCCAGUUCUUUCUCCUCAGGAGGAUGACAUCAUCCUCUAUGAGGAAAUAGCAAGCAUUUUUAAACGGUCUGUUUGAAAGGGGGUAUUUGACGUGUUUGUUGUCCAAUUUAUACUUUGGCGAAAAAUACGAGUAUACUGUAAGAUCUCAACAAUAUUGUGGGUAUGAGUUAACAAAUUAUGAACUUUUAAAAGUGAGAUUUUCGGCCUCCCGAGUGGCGCAGCGGUCUAAGGCACUGCAUUGCAGUGCUUGAGGCGUCACUACAGACCCGGGUUCAAUCCUGGGCUGUGUCACAGCCGGCCGUAUCCAGGAGAGCCAUGAGGCGGCGCACAAUUGGCCCAGCAUCGUCCGGGUUAGGGAGGGUUUGGCCGGCCGGGAUUUCCUUGUCCCAUCGCGCUCUAGCGACUCCUGUGGCGGGCCGGGCGCAUGCAUGCUGACUCCGGUCGCCAGUUGUUUCCUCCGACACAUUGGUGCGGCUGGCUUCCGGGUUAAGUGUACAGUGUGUCAAAAAGCAGGGUCGUGUUUCGGAGGACGCAUGGCUCUCGACCUUCGCCUCUCCUGAGCCCGUACGGGAGUUGCACCGAUGGGACAAGACGGUAACUACCAAUUGGAUAUCAUAAAAAGGGGUAAAAGUACCACAAAAAAAACUAAAACAUUAAAGUGAGAUUUUCACUGGACAGUUACUUUAAAGCAACUAUAUUGAGCUACACAAUAUAUUUCUGACAAUUUGAGAGGAUUUGGAUAUGAAAUGCAUUACAAGCUAUUGAAAGUAUUUUUCUAGCCUGAUUGCUCCGUUCACCAUUUUGUUUACUAAUGUAUCAGUUUGGACCAAUAGGGUGUUUGGAAUAAGCCAGAAAAUGUCUGGUCCAAUCAGGCCGUCCUCUGAUUGGUUGAAAGUGAUCCAAUUGCUAACAAGUUAGUUUUGAAUAAUACCACAGAUUUGUCACAUUUGACUGUAGGCUCAAACAGUUUCAAUGAGGAGGAAUGCCAGAAAGAUACUUGAGGUGAAAUAGAAUGGUGAACGCAGCGAUCUGCCUGGUUCCACAAUUCCAACAAAUGGUCUUAUUCUAAUCCUCUGCAAAUAAUAUACAUGUCUAUGAUGACUUAACUGGUUACCAGAAAGGUUGCAGGGAUCAUUUGGAAAAUUAUGAAUUUUCUUGGUACAUUAUAGUAAAUGGCAUAUAUUUUAUUACUGUAUAUAUUAUUAUUAUUAUUAUUAUUAUUAUUAUUAUUACACUUUGAAUUGUCAUGGAAACGAACUACCUUCUUUACAGGGAUUCUGUUUGCCAAUGGAGACUCAUGGAAAGAGAUGAGGCGCUUUGCCCUGACGAACCUUAGAGACUUUGGGAUGGGCAACAAAGGGAGUGAAGACAAAAUCUUAGAGGAAAUCCCUUAUCUGAUUGAAGUGUUUGAAAAACACGACGGUAAGAGCAAUAUAGGUAUCUCUACACUGUAGUAGUAGAAGUAGCAUGAUGUAUUUCUAGGUGAUUUAUAGGUAAAAAAUCUGGCUAUUUAAAUCAUAGUAUUACUAAAUAGCUAAUUGGCUUGUUUAGUGAUCGUGUGGGUUCUGGAAAGCUUGUUUUGCAAUUGAUUUCAAUGUUUUGUCUAUCACAGGUCAGGCAUUUGACACCACCCAGCCUGUGAUUUAUGCUGUCUCCAACAUAAUCUCGGCCAUUGUCUAUGGCAGCAGGUUUGAAUACACUGACCCCCUAUUCACAGGCAUGGCAGAUAGGGCCAAUAAGAGCAUACGCCUUCUAGGCACCGCAUCAAUUCAGGUACAGUCUGCUUAUUCAGGCCACUCUGUUUUGACUCCCUUUUCUCAAUAAAUCAUGUCUGUUUCAGUGUUUUUAAACUGAAAUAUCAUAAUUGGAUAAGUCUCCACUCCCCUGAGGGAAUACUUGGUGGCAGCCAUUACAGCUGUGAAUCGUUUUCAUUAAGAUUCUAUCAACUUUGCAAGACUCUUUGGGCAACAUAUAGCCAUCAUUUCUGUCAAAAUUGCUCAAUAUCAGUACAUUUGGUUGGGGAUCAUUGAUGGACAGCGAUAUUUAAACUUUGUCUCUGAUUUUUUUAAAGCAGAUUUAAGUCAGGACAGGCUACACCACUCAGGAACACUCGACAUCUCUUGGAAAGCCAUUUUGGUGUGUCAUUUACAUAAAAAUGUGUGUAAUUGUCCCUCAGAAAAAUAGAACCUUAUCCCAGGGUUAGGUUUUCAGAAGACUGGAGGUAUUUCCUUUGAUCCUAACAAACUCUCCAGACACAUAACAUGAUGCUGCCACCACAAUACUUUAAAACACAAAGGGAUAACAACAUUGCAUUCAUUCCAUAUUACUGGCCUGUGAAAAGAAAGAAGCCUGUGUUAAGAAAAUCCACUCCAAAUCAUCCAUUCUGUUUGCAACAAGGCUUUUAAAUAACACUGCAAGACAACACGUCAAAUCAAUUAACUUUUUGGCCUAAAUUAAAAACUACAGGGUUGGGUCAAAUCCAAUGCAUACAACACAGAGUGAAACCCUCUCUAUUUUUAAGUAUUGUGUUGGCGGCAUCAUCCUAAAACAAAUGAUAGUCCCACAAAGCCCAAACCAGAUGGGAUGGCAUAUCGUUGCAGAAUGCUGUGGUAGCCAUGCUGGUUAAGUGUGCCUUGAAUUCUAAAUAAAUCACAGACAGUGUCACCAGCAAAACACCCCCACACCAUAACACCUCCUCCUCCAUGCUUUACGGUGGGAACUACACAUGCGGAGAUCAUCCGUUCACCCACACCGCGUCUCACAAAGACACGGCGGUUGGAACCACAAAUCUCCAAUAUGGACUCCAGACCAAAGGACACAUUUCCACCGGUCUAAUGUCCAUUGCUUGUGUUUCUUGGCCCAAGCAGGUCUCUUCUUCUUAUUGGUGUCCUUUAGUAGUGGUUUCUUUGCAGCAAUUCGACCAUGAAGGCCUGAUUCACACAGUCCCCUCUGAACAGUUGAUGUUGAGUCUGUGACUUGAACUCUGUGAAGCAUUUCUUUGGGCUGCAAUUUCUGAGUCUGGUAACUCUAAUGAACUUAUCCUCUGCAGCAGAGGUAACUCUGGGUCUUCCAUUCCUGUGGCGGUCCUCAUGAGAGCCAGUUUCAUCAUAGCGCUUGAUGGUUUUUGUGACUGCACUGGAAGAAACUUUGAAAGUUAUUUAAAUGUUCCGUAUUGUCUGACCUUCAUGUCUUAAAGCAAUGAUGGACUGUCGUUUCUCUUUGCUUAUUUUAGCUGUUCUUGCCAUAAUAUGGACUUGGUCUUUUACCAAAUAGGGCUAUCUUCUGUAGACCCCCCCUACCUUGUCACAACACAACUGAUUGGCUGAAACGCAUUAAGAAGGAAGGAAAUUCCACAAAUUAACUUUUAACAAGGCACACCUGUUAAUUGUAAUGCAUUCCAGGUGACUACCUCAUGAAGCUGUUUGGGAGAAUGCCAAGAGUGUGCAAAGCUGUCAUCAAGGCAAAGGGUGGCUAUUUGAAGAAUCUCAAAUAUAAAAUAUAUUUUGAUAUGUUUAACACUUUAUUGGUUACUACAUGAUUCCAUAUGUGUUAUUUUAUAGUUUUGAUGUCUUCACUAUUAUUCUACAAUGUAAAAAAAUUAAGAAAAACCCUUGAAUGAGAAUGUGUCCAAACUUUUGACUGGUAGUGUAUGUAUUUAAUGUAGUUUAUUUAUAAAAUGUAUAUGUAAUUUAAUUUAUAUGUAUAUAUUUAAUAAUAUAAUUAUAGUUAUCUGGUGUGUAUAAUAUGUUAUGUAAUACUGUUAUAAGUAAUUUAUUCAAGCAGAUAUUAAAAUAUAAUGUUAUGCCUAUUCUACCUGUAUCUCUGUAUAGAUGUAUAACAUGUUUCCCUGGUUGGGUCCAUGGAUAAAGAACCUGACGAGUCUGAAGGAAAUUGUUGUCGAUAUGAAGAUGGAGGUGGGAAAGCUGGUGAGGGGCCUGAAGGAGACUCUGAACCCUCAGAUGUGUAGAGGCUUUGUGGACUCGUUCCUUGUCCGAAAGCAGACCCUGGAGGUAUGAAGAGUUAAUGCAGAAUCUGCAUCUCACUCAUACAUAACUAAGUGUUGCAUCGAUAUUUCUCAGUAGAACUAUACAGAAUAUUAUACAUUUCUAUGACACCCUGUGGUGCACUUGGAUACUGCAGCAGAACACAACUAACUUGAAUUGUCCAGCACUAACAUGUAUGCAUAUGACUGAAUGCCAGAUGAGGGGGGAUAGAACUAGAGUUUUCUCCUUAUCAUCAGAAUCACAUGUAAACUCACACAGUUCCUCAAGCUGCUUUAAUAGAAUGUGUUGAUUAUCUGUGAAUAACGUACAACAGCUCCUUAAGCAACUGUUGUGCAUAAUAAUAUGUCAUCUGAGGGUCUGUUUCUGUUAGGAAUCUGGCAAUAUGGAUUCUCUCUACCAUGACAACAACCUGGUAAUUAGUGUUACAAACCUGUUUGGUGCUGGUACCGACACCACCGGGACAACCCUGCGCUGGGGUCUGCUGCUAAUGGCCAAGUACCCUCACAUACAGGGUAAGGAUUUAUAUAAACACAAACGCACACAUUCACUGAGACAAAACACUGAGGCACUCAUGGUGUUACAAGUUGUAAACAUUGGCAAAGGGACAACUUGAAGCAGAGGUUAUGAAACUAGAUUUGGAUGGCUGGGUUAAUAAAGGUCAAACAUUAACCCAGGUUUAUAAGUUUCACUGCAGUAACUCCAAACCCUCCCUCCUUUCUUUCUCAGACCGGGUCCAGGAUGAGAUCAACAGGGUCAUAGGAAGUCGUCAGCCCUUGGUAAAGGACAGGAAGAACCUGCCCUACACUGAUGCAGUGAUCCAUGAGAUCCAGAGACUGGCCAAUAUUGCACCCAUGGCCAUCCCUCACACCACCAGCCGAGACGUUACCUUCCAGGGAUAUUUCAUCAAGAAGGUCAGAUACUGUACAUGGCUGUCUAAUAAAAUAAAUUAAAUAAGGCUGAAAUUAUUGUAAUCCACUCGUUCGGAGUGUGCACUUCAUUUAUGAAACAAGUUUAAUCACUUUUACUCUGAAUAUAACAGUGUCCUACGCUUCACUCUCACUGCAGGGGACAUCUGUGAUUCCUCUACUGACCUCUGUCCUACAGGACGAUAGCGAAUGGGAGAGCCCCCAAACGUUUAACCCCGCCCACUUUCUGGAUGAGCAGGGAGGAUUUGUCAGGAAGGACGCCUUCAUGGCCUUCUCUGCAGGUAUAUGAACUUCAUCAUUUGUAUGAAAAUGUAUGCACUCACUAACUGUAAGUCACACUGGAUAAGAGUGUCUGCUAAAUGACUAAAAUGUAAAUCAUUUAGCAAAUUAUUUCAUUGCAAGAAGUAGAGAAAUUGUGGUAGCGUUUUGGACAGACUUCAUGCUAUUUUCUAUAUCUUUGGUCUCUCUCGCAGGUCGUAGGGUGUGUCUGGGGGAGGGUCUGGCCAGGAUGGAGCUCUUCCUCUUCUUCACCUCCCUCCUGCAGCACUUUAGUUUCUCUCCUCCUCCUGGAGUAACAGAGGAUGAUCUGGACCUCACACCAUCCGUGGGGUUCACCCUCAAUCCUUCCCCUCACCAGCUGUGUGCUGUCAGCCGCAUCUGA